AUCCGGGCGCAAGCCAGAACAGGUCCAGCCUUCUGGCGGCCAGUGCCAGCGGCGGAAGGGGACAGGCGGGAUCUCCGUGGGCAGACACGGGCGUGGAUCAGCGGGGAGCGGCCGGCAAGAAACUCCCCUGGAUCGGCCCAGAGCUGCUGGACCCUGCCGGUUCCUCUCCUAGGUCCCGGCCAGCUGGGAGGAGAAGUUUCCGGAGGGAAGGUACCGGACUGACUGCUGGCUGGAGGCGACUCAGUGGCAGAAGUGGGAGCUCAGUGAAGCCAUCGGCUGCCUGUCUUCUGAUCCACCUCCCCAGCUCCAGAAACUACAUGAGACUUUUUCCUAAAGACUGUGCCUGAGACUACAAACAAUGAUCCUGUCUUAAUACUGCAAACCUGUCAUCGUGGAACUAAGGGGAACUGAAUUUUCAGGUUAACUGCAAUCUCUUCGGCUCUAAACGAAAGUAACAGGAGACAUUAUUAAGAUUUUCAUUUUUUUCUGGGCUGUCUCCUUCCUGAAGAGCAAUGGAGAUGCUUUUAAGUGGAAGAGGAUUAAUCAUCUUUCUAAUUUUCCUCCUGUUAAAAUCCUCAACAGCGAUUGAAAUACCACCCUCAGUUCAACAGGUUCCAACAAUCACAAAACAGUCAAAAGUGCAAGUUGCCUUUCCCUUUGAUGAGUAUUUUCAAAUUGAAUGUGAAGCUAAAGGCAAUCCAGAGCCAACAUACACAUGGACUAAGGAUGACAAGCCUUUUGAUCUCUCUGACCCUCGGAUAAUCGUAUUUAACAAUUCGGGAACCUUCAAGAUCCCAAAUGAAGGGCACAUAUCUCACUUCCAGGGAAAAUACCGUUGCUUUGCUUCUAAUAAACUAGGAGUCGCUAUGUCAGAAGAAAUAGAAUUUAUAGUUCCAAGUGUUCCAAAAUUUCCAAAGGAGAAAAUUGAUCCUCUGGAAGUAGAAGAGGGAGACCCAAUUGUCCUUCCGUGCAACCCGCCCCAGGGCCUCCCUCCUUUGCACAUUUAUUGGAUGAACAUUGAAUUAGAACAUAUCCAACAAGAUGAAAGAGUAUACAUGAGCCAGAAGGGGGAUCUGUACUUUGCAAACGUGGAGGACAAAGACAGUCGGAACGAUUACUGCUGCUUUGCUGCGUUUCCAAGAUUGAGGACUAUUGUACAGAAAAUGCCGAUGAAACUCACAGUGAACAGUUUAAAGCAUGCUAAUGACUCAAGUUCAUCCACAGAAAUUGGUUCCAUGGCGAAUUCAAUCAAGCAAAGAAAACCCAGACUGCUGUUGCCUCCCACGGAGAGUGGCAGUGGCAGCAAGUCUUCGGUCACUGUCCUCAAAGGGGACACCCUGCUGCUUGAGUGUUUUGCUGAAGGCCUGCCGACUCCACACAUUGAUUGGAAAAAAUUGGGUGGUGACUUACCAAAGGAAAGAGAUACGAAUUACAACAAGACUUUGAAGAUAGAGAAUGUCUCUUAUAGGGACAAGGGGAAUUACCGCUGCACGGCCAGCAAUUUCCUGGGAACAGCCACUCAUGAUUUUCAUGUGAUAGUGGAAGAGCCUCCUCACUGGACAAAGAAGCCCCAAAGUGGAGUGUAUAGUACUGGGAGCAGUGGGAUCUUGUUAUGUGAAGCUGAAGGAGAACCUCAACCCACAAUCAAGUGGAGAGUCAAUGGCUCCCCAAUUGACAAGCAUCCGUUUCCUGGCGAUGUUGUCUUCCCCCGAGAAAUCAGUUUUAUCAACCUGCAACCAAAUCAUACCGCUGUGUACCAGUGUGAAGCCUCCAAUAUCCACGGAACUAUCCUUGCCAAUGCCAAUAUCGAUGUUGUAGAUGUUCGUCCAUUGAUACUGACGGAAGAUGGAGAAAAUUACGCUACUGUGGUCGGGUACAACGCUUUCCUGCACUGCGAGUUCUUUGCUUCCCCUGAGGCGAUAGUAUCCUGGCAGAAGGUGGAAGAAGCAAAACCCCUUGAGGGCAGGCGGCACUGGAUUCACGAAAACGGCACAUUACAGAUCAGCAGCACCACCGAAGACGACGCGGGGUCGUACUCCUGCUGGGUAGAAAAUGCCAUCGGAAAAACCGCAGUCACAGCCAAUCUGGAUAUUAGAAAUGCUACAAAACUUCGAGUUUCUCCAAAGAAUCCCCGAAUCCCCAAAUUGCAUGUGCUUGAAUUACACUGUGAAAGCAAAUGUGACUCACAUUUGAAAGACAGCUUGAAGUUGUCCUGGAAUAAAGAUGGAGAAGCCUUUGAAAUGAAUGGCACAGAAGAUGGCAGGAUAAUUAUUGAUGGAGCUAAUCUGACCAUAUCUAAUGUCACGUUAGAGGACCAAGGUGUUUACUCCUGUGUAGCUCAAACUGCCCUCGACAGCAUUGCCGCUGGAACUCAACUAACCGUCCUCGAUGUUCCAGAUCCACCAGAAAACCUUCAUUUGUCUGACAGAGAGAACAGGAGUGUUCGGCUGACCUGGGAAGCUGGCGAUGACCACAAUAGCAAUAUUAGCGAGUAUAUUAUCGAAUUUGAGGGAAACAAAGAAGAACCAGGAAGGUGGGAGGAAUUGACCAGAGUCCAAGGAAAGGCAACAACAGUGAUAUUACCUUUGGCUCCAUACGUGAGAUACCAAUUCAGGGUCAAAGCUGUGAAUGAAGUAGGGAAAAGUGAACCCAGCCAGCCAUCGGACCACCACGAGACACCACCCGCAGCUCCAGACAAGAAUCCACAGAACAUAAGAGUUCAGGCUUCUCAACCUAAGGAAAUGAUUAUUAAAUGGGAGCCUUUGAAAUCCAUGGAGCAGAAUGGACCAGGGCUGGAGUACAGAGUGACUUGGAAGCCACAGGGAGCCCCAGUGGAGUGGGAAGAAGAAACAGUCACAAAUCACACACUGCGGGUGAUGACACCCACUGUCUAUGCUCCUUAUGAUGUCAAAGUCCAGGCUGUCAAUCAGCUCGGCUCUGGGCCUGAACCUCUGUCAGUGACUCUCUAUUCUGGAGAAGACUAUCCUGAUACAGCUCCAGUGAUCCGGGGGGUGGAUGUGAUAAACAGCACGUUAGUUAAAGUUACCUGGUCCCCAAUUCCCAAGGACAGAGUACAUGGGCGUCUGAAAGGAUAUCAGAUAAAUUGGUGGAAAACAAAAAGUCUGCUGGAUGGAAGAACACACCCCAAAGAAGUCAACUUUCUAAGAUUUGCAGGACAGAGAAACUCUGGAAUGGUUCCUUCUUUAGAUGCCUUUAGUGAAUUUCACUUGACAGUCUUAGCCUACAAUUCUAAAGGAGCUGGUCCAGAAAGUGAGGCUUAUAUAUUUCAAACACCAGAAGGAGUACCUGAACAGCCAACUUUUCUCAAGAUUAUCAAAGUUGAUAAAGACACUGCCACUUUAUCUUGGGGACUACCUAAGAAAUUAAAUGGAAACUUAACUGGCUAUCUAUUACAAUACCAGAUAAUAAAUGACACCUAUGAGAUUGGAGAAUUAAAUGAUAUCAACAUUACAACUCCAUCCAAGCCCAGCUGGCGUCUGUCAAACCUCAGUGCAACAACUAAGUACAAAUUCUACUUGAGGGCUUGUACUUCAAAAGGCUGUGGAAAACCGAUCACCGAGGAAAGCUCCACCUUAGGAGAAGGCAGUAAAGGUAUCGGGAAGAUAUCAGAAGGAGUAAAUCUUACUCAAAAGAAUCACCCGAUAGAGGUACUUGAGCCAGGAGCUGAACAUAUAGUUCGCCUAAUGACUAAGAAUUGGGCUGAUAAUGAUAGCAUUUUUCAAGAUGUAAUUGAGACAAGAGGGAGAGAAUACGCUGGUUUAUACGAUGACAUCUCCACCCAAGGCUGGUUUAUUGGUUUGAUGUGUGCGAUUGCUCUGCUCACACUAAUUUUGUUAACUGUUUGCUUUGUGAAGAGGAACAGAGGUGGAAAGUACUCAGUGAAAGAAAAGGAAGACUUGCAUCCCGAUCCAGAAGUUCAGUCAGUAAAAGACGAAACCUUUGGUGAAUACAGUGACAGUGAUGAGAAACCUCUCAAAGGAAGCCUUCGGUCCCUGAACAGGGAUAUGCAGGCCACAGAAAGCGCUGACAGCUUAGUUGAGUACGGAGAGGGAGAGCACGCUCUGUUCAAUGAAGAUGGGUCAUUCAUCGGCGCGUACGCUGGCUCUAAGGAGAAAGGAUCUGUUGAAAGCAAUGGAAGUUCUACAGCAACUUUUCCACUCCGGGCAUAAACCCAGCUCAUGUAGCCCCGUUACUGCUUCACCUCAACCUUCCGUAUGUAUCUGUUCAAAGGAGCAAAAACGUUCCUCUAGGAAUAGAACCAUGUUGGCUGAAGAUUCAAAAUCCGACAACCCGCAAUUGUGUUGAGAAAAAAUAGCACUGCCUUCAAAAAAUAAACUACCAAGCCCUCCCAGCCCGUGUUUUGUUUUUGUUUCUGUUUUCGUUUCAGGUGCUCAAAAUUCAGAACACAAAACAACCCCUUGUAUUUAGAUUCACUUCAACCGAAUCCAAAGCGCCCCUCCGUGUGCUCCACGUUUGCUGGGUUAACCGUUCAGUGUGUUUGCGUAGCUGUUGCUACCCUGGGGGGUUUCCCCCACCGCCCAUCUCUAGUCAGUCUCUGAGAACUGUCUUAGUGACUUUGCCUCACUACAGGUUAAAGGAUCAGAAAACAAACUGGUUAUUUAAAAUGUAAAAAGGAAUAUGAAUGUCUUAUUAAAACAGUUCGUUGAAUAUAUACAGUCUAAAUUUAUUAUUUAACUUUUAGUAGCAGAAGUCUUAGGUAAACAAUCAACUAGUAUUUAUUGAGCUCCUAACUAUGUGCCCAGAGAUGGUCUUGUUUAAACAGAAUUAUAACUUUUUAAUUUCAACAUGAAUUUUUUUUUAUAUAUUUCCAUUAGUUAUGACAUCCACGGACAUCAUGGGAUUUUCGUUUUUGUUUUUUCUAUUUUAUCUUGGACUAAAUUUAGCUGCAAAGGAAAUGGUGGCCAGGAGGUUAUUUUAUCAAAGGACAGGCAUAGGGUGUCAUUUGUUCUCCAUUAUAAUAGUUAUGUCUAUUUUAUAUCUGCAUUCCUACAUUGACUGCUUUCACCAUUUUUCUAUGGUUGUAUAAUGAUAUGCUUGAAAUAUAUUUCAUGAAUGCAUUGUACAUAUUUUGUUAAUAUUUGCACAAUUUAAAAGGUAGAUGGGUUUUAUUUUGCGUUACAAAGAGCACAUUAACAGGCCCCUCUGUACAGCUAGAGUAUAUAGUAAGAUGCCAUUUUCAUCAUUUCAGCACUACAAACACUGACAUGAGGAUACAAAUCAGAAGACUCUGUAUAAAGCACUUGGAUUUUGUCCUUAAAUUGCUUGGUUCAUCCAUCUCACAAUAAAAUAUCACAUGGAUAUUGAGGGGAAUGUUUUCAUAUUUUUCAAAAUAAGGUUUUGUUGUUGAGUGUGUUCCUACCCCAGUCUCUCUGCAAGAAAAACUGUUUACAGCAUAAAUUUCCUAUACAUACGCUUGCCUAUGUCCCAUUGUAAACAUUUUUUAUUGUGAGACUUGGUCUCCCCUAUGUUCUCCUUCUGUUAAAGUCAGUACAAAUUCGGGCAAUUUAUUUCCUAGUACAUGGGCUAAUGGUCCUUUUAAAAUUGUACGCAGACAUGUUUUAAAAAUAAUGUUAAGGACUGUGUGUACAUAUCAGUGAAAUGUGUUCAACUUUUCAUUUUAUGGAAACAUUUUUAACCUUCCCUUGGAAAUCCUAACUGUAUUUAAAUGAACUUGACUCACACAUUUUAUUUUAUUUUUUGAACUGUAAUUAUUGGUGUAUACUGCUAAAUCCUCCGCUUUGGUUUAUGUGAUGCCUUAUAUUUCUUGGGGUCCAAAAUUAGGGGCAUUUACAAUGGCCAAUGAGGUGAUACACAUGGAAUAGAUAAUUGUCCUUUUAAUAUCACAUAUUCUAUAAAAUGCAUAGGAAAAGACUGUCUUCUUUAAAACUUCAUGGGCUCAAGAUUUGAUCACACUCCUGGAAGCCAACAUUUCAAAGGGAGACGGCAUUUUGGUCCUCCAACCUACGUGAGUGUGAGGAGCCACAUCUCUAUCAGGGAAAGUUGAGCUCCAUCCACGUCUGAUUUCUAAUGCGCAGUUUUCUGGAGAAACAGUCAUCACGUUUUGAUUUAUUUGAGAGGAAGUUGUGCUCAGCUAUUGGUGAGGGAAAGGUUGGAACUUGCAAGUUUAGUUCGGCUAUAGUCUAUUUCCUCUUCUCUUUCAUCAGCGAAAAACUGGUCUGAAAGAGUCGUGCAGGUUGGACGCCAUGUCAAACAUCGUUAGGAGUAGAUUGCUUAGAAAUUUUCUAAUCUUUAAGUCAGAAGUUGACACAAAGACUGAAAUAUUUGUUCUUCCUAAACUUGGAUGGUUUUCCUUCAGCUGUCUGAGAAUGAAUGUUUCCUAUUUAUGUUUUCUAACUGGUCAAAAUGUCCAGAUAGGAAAGUUGAAAUUGGAUUACGACUAUCUUUUGCUAUCACUAUUACCUUUCCUCAAUACUACUGCCCUCUACGGGGAAUUUUUGGCACACAAGGACUAGAUCUAUGAUUGCACCUGAUUUUAAUUGUGAAAUAAUAUUCUUCAUAAGUUUUAUGAAUCAGAGCAAGCUUCCAAUGAAAAAGCAGAGACCCAAGUGGGCUAAAAUGGAUUUCAUUCUUUUUCCUCAAACAAACAUGGCCCAGGAUGUGCAAUGGUAAUUAUAAAUGGUCGAUGAUUAAUUGCAAAAUGCUCACUGCGUGAUAAGGCAGCAGCUGAUAGUUACGAUUUUGUUCUUCUUUGACUCUGCACUCACUUCCUCCAGUCUCCUGUCAAUAUUAUUUUAAUAUAGUAGGUUGUACAUAAUCUGGAAGAUGGUUGAUGGGGAUGAGUUCCUAGAGAGCCAUCCAAGGGUGGGGAAGUCCAAGUUCUCUUCCUGGUUCCAGCACUGAUUUUGUCCAGGAACCUUAGGCUAGUCGCUUAAAUCCUUUGCUUCAAACUGUCCCAAUUCUAAAGUGCUAAUGAUCAUCUCUGUUACCUUAUCUCUGUCACAGGGUGUUCUUUUUUAUGGAGAAAAGAAUUUGACAAUGAUAAAAGCUAAGAUGCCUUUUAACUUCAUAAAUCCACGUAUAAUCUAAUUAUCUAUCUAAAAGUCACCCCCCACACACCAACUCAACUUUUUCCCCAGUGAGCACAUAAAUAUAUUUUUAUAGAAUACAAAUCUACAGAAAAUAAAAUAAGUCUACUGUUCGGUGAGCAGUAUGAUGUGCAUCAUAUCACUGAAAGUUAUGAAUCAGAAGAAAAAUUAAGCAGGGUCUUUGCUAUACAAACGUGUUUUCCACUAAUUUUGCAUGCCUAUUUAUAAGAAAAAUGUGAAUUUGGUGGUUUUGUUCUCUUGGCAUAAAGGCAUCGAUAUUUUAGAUGUACCCAUGUUUAUAAAAAUGGAGAGCACAGUGAAUUUAUGCUGGAAUUCUCAAAUAAUAUUUUUUUUCCUAUUUUGUACUCAUGGAAGAGAGAAGCUAAAGAGAGGAGGAUAAUGAGAAAUGUUGGUGUGUUUUUCUAAGCAUUUAAAACAUAAUUGCCAAUUGAAACCCUGAAUAUGUUUACAUGCCAUUAAGAUAUGAUCCUUGUAACUAUUUUAAAUUCAUUAUAAUGGGAUUGAGUUCGUAAUCUGUGCUAGUGAAUAUCCUAGUGUUCCUACGGUAAAAUGAGUAGAGUUUAGCCAAAACUUACUUUGUUUUGUACCUUACAUUGUUUAAUUACACUGUCAAAAGAGGUAAACGGUAUGGAGAAGAGGUUCACUUGAUCGCCUUUUCCUUUGACUUAGAUUAGUCUUCGUAGUAGAACUUGAUUAAAAUGUGUUGGUAUUGUAGGCAGUGUUUGUAUGAUGCUUAUGAAUAUGUAUGGUUUAAAAAUAUUUUCCUUAUACAUGAAAUUCAACUUUCCAAAUAAAAGUUCAACUUCAUGUACUCUAAAAA